AUGCUGUCAUUGGCCAGGCGAGAUUGUGAAACCCUGGGCCACGUGUGGAUCUUCCCAGAAGGGAAUUUACGGUUACGCACUGGCAAUGAUUUCAAAGACGGCCCGGGCAGAUUAUCUUAUCUCCAGUGUGAAUACGAGUCAGUAGCACAGAUACUUACCAAUGUUACCAAGGAAAACUCUUAUGCGGCUAAACUCCCAUACCAGACAUCACACCCACUCGUCUGUGUAUCCGAGUAUCUGCAGAUCAAUCCCUGGGCCACAAUUUCCGCAUUCUGUCUCUGGAAUAUCUCAUUCAAGCCCGGCCUCACAGGCAAUCUGGCCAAUGUCGAUCCAGACGAUAUAUCCACCGUCACAUCCUUUACCGACACCCAAGACGAAGAAUGGUUCUUUGUCAUACCAGCUGCAAUUGAAUCUCAAGGCGGAAAGUCAAUCCCCAUCAUGCUCAAGGCCAUCGACGCGGCACGUGCAGGCGACGAUGAAAAGGUGCAGGUAUUCCUGAGCGCAAUGGGUGCUUGUAUAAGCCAUAUCACCGAACCGCUGGCGAGAAUGUACGAUUACUGCACACCUUCUGCGCUUUACCAUAUGCUACGCCCGUUUCUUUCAGGAAGUCGCAAUAUGGCUGCUGCUGGUCUUCCGGAUGGGGUCUUUUAUCCGUCUGAUGAGAGUGGCAUGUUUACUGUGGUGGAAGUAAUGCGCAAAGCGCACUGCUACAGCUGUUUGAUAUCUUCCUCGGGAUUGAGCAUUCUGUCACUGGUUCAAAGGGAAAUGCGAAAGUACGUGCCCGGUCCACAUCGAGCCUUUCUCGAACUCAUGACGGACAUAUCCAACAUCCGAGAAUACGCCAUGAGGCGAACCGCCAGUCCGGAAGUCAAAUUCUCUUAUAAUCGAGCUGUUUCGAAACUCUCGACUCUGCGGGAUAGGCAUCUAGCCAUGGUAUCGCGGUACAUCAUUAUCCCAGCCUCGAAUAAAUGCCACAUGCAUCGAACAGAUGUCAACGAAUGGCUCAAAGGGACUGGGGGGACUAAUAUGAUGCAAUUUCUAAGUAGGACACGCAAUACUACCAAGAAGGGGAUGCUGUUGUUAUAG